AUGGAGAAUAUUGAACCUACGCCCGUGUUCAAUUUCGAAUCUCGUGAUACUGCAUUAUGCGCUAUCCCUCCCCGAGAACUAUGGUCAUCAGUAGAUCGAUUGAGAUGUCUCUAUGACAAGGCUUAUACUGCUUGGCCUCCUCAUGUCAACAUUAUAUACCCAUUUGUGCGGCCUGAGUACUUGGAGAAUGCAGCCCAAGUUCUUCAAGGAAAUGCGACAGAAUACCAGCCUCAACUGGCUCUCGAUAUCGCCGACUUCUUCAAACACAAGCAUCACAACACCAUAUACUUGGGACAAAGUUCGAAGGACUCUCAGCUUUCAAAGCUCAAGAACUACAUUUCAAAUGCCCUUGGCCAGCCUCCGGAUUCAGCAGACAAAAGUUUCACCCCUCAUCUCACAAUUGGUCAGAGUGAAGACGCCGAAGCUGCACCGCAUUAUUUUCUUCUGGAAAAGGCCCGCCUUUUGGCUCCUUUAACAUGGAAAGUAAAGGAAGUUGCUAUUCUUAUUCGCGAACCUCUCGCGCAGAGCGAUAGUGGCAGUGGCAGUGGCAGCGGCCCUCGGCCUAUGAAGCUCUGGGGGACCCUAAACCUUGAAUCAGGCACGCUCACUCAGACAACACAACCUCAAGAUUUCACUGAUCGCCUGGAAGAGAUAUCACGUAUCGCCUUCCAACCAGCCCACCGUUUUUCAAAUCCCUCAAAACCUCUGGAAAAGAAUGACUCUCCUACCCACACACCGGAUGCUACUGAGCUUGUGCUGGAUCGAUUAGUUGUUGCCUCUUACAACGUUUUGGCCGAGUUUGAAUGGCCUCCCCAAUCACAUCGACAUGCACCUUUGGUGCAAAACCUUCUCUCCGCUCAAGCUGCCGCCGAUGUUGUUGUACUUCAGGAGGUUACGGAUCACUUCCUCCCUGAUCUUCUUGGCAGCGAGGAACUGCGUGGUCAUUAUCCCUUCGUCUCUCAUGGGCCUCCAGAAACCACAGGUUCUGAGCCACUUCCUAGCCUUUUAAAUAUCGUUGUCUUGAGUAAGUUUCCGUUCGAGUGGCAUCAUCUGCCAUUCCAAAGAAAACACAAAGGAUGUACUGUCGUGCGCUUCCCUACCAUUGGCACAAGAGAUACCCCUGAUGGGGAGUUCAGGCCCUGGGUUCUUGUGGCAUGUCAUCUCAGCCAAGGCCUUACUGAUGGGGCCAUUGCUACCAAGAAGAAUGAGAUCCAAAAGAUGCUCGAUUAUCUAAAGGCUACGUUCCCACAACACCCGUGGGUACUUGCAGGUGAUUUCAAUCUUGUGACUUCUUCUCAUACUAUCGAAGCUGCUCGAAAAAAGCAAGAUAUAUCUUUGCAGACAGUUCAUCGGCUGCAAGAUAUUGACCGGACAUUACAGGAUGCUGGCUUUCUCGACACCUGGCUAACCACUCGACUCGAAUCAGGCGAGUCAUCAGACAUGAAUAAUGAAAGAAGAAGUGUGCUUGACUCUUUCCAGGGAGAGCAAGGGGCUACCUUUGAUCCUCUGACAAACACCCUGACUGCUGAACUUGUUGGAAGCGGACUCAACAACCGGCCGCAGAGGUACGACAAGAUACUAGUCAAGACUGGGCACUAUCACCCACAUGGUUUCAAUAUGUUUGGACAAACGCCGUUUCACUCACCUCAAGGAGAUCAUGCCACAUAUGCUAGUGAUCACUGGGGUAUAAGGUGUCUUUUGUUGAAAUCAUCGUCAAGUGAGACGUCCAAGGCAACUGUUCCAGAAAUGAAGAUCAAACUUCAGCGACCUGUGCUAAGUUUGGUUGAAGGCGAGGGCUUAGAGCACUUCCUGGAAAAUUAUGGUUGUCUGCCAACAGAGCAGGAGAGAGAGACAAGGGCCCAAGCGAUUAAAGCUCUGGAGGUUGCUCUGAAGGACAUCGACCAGUCGGCAUCAGAGGAUGAUGCACGAUCUGGACCUCCGUUUGUUGUGGUUCCGGUUGGUUCAUACGGCUUGGGCGUCUGGACCAGCUCGUCUGAUAUUGACUGUCUCUGCAUCGGCCCAUUCAGUUCCAAGACAUUCUUUACUUUGGCAGUUCAGAGACUGAAGCGAGCGGCCAACAUCAGGAUCUUACGACGGGUCAAAGCUAACUCUGGGUACAUGCUGGAACUAGAAGUACAUGGCAUCAAAGUAGAUCUCCAGUAUUGCGCAGCAGCGUCAAUCGCCGAAAGGUGGCCUGAAGUUAUGAAACGCCCAGCCAAUGACUCGGCAUUUGCCUUAUCUUUUCAGACCCUAGCAAAGCUCAAGCCCGUUCGCGAUCUCUUUUACCUGCGCCGAUCGCUUCCAGACAUGGUCCAAUACCGGAUGGCACACUUGUACAUUAAGUCUUGGGCCCAGGCACGGGGUAUCUAUUCAGCCAAAUUUGGAUUCCUUGGUGGUAUCCAUAUCAGUGUACUUCUUGUUCCAAUCUGCAAAGCACUGGCUUUUGGGAGCGAAACAAUAUCUCCAGCAGAUAUUGUCACCACGUUCUUCAGACACUAUGCAGAUUUCGACUGGAAGAACUCGAUGGUAUUCGACACAUUCUUUCACAAAGACUUGAGGUACAACCGUACAUUCAGAGAGCCUCUCUGUCUUAUCGGCUGGCAUGCACCAGCGCUCAACACCGCUCCGAUAGCAUCCAACCCAACAGUGGUGACUAUUGCGGCUGAAAUAGAGCGUGCCAAUAGAUUGAUUUCUGAGGAUGGUUGUGCAUGGAAUAGUGUACUAGGUCUUCAGUCCACUCAGGAAGCAGGAAAAAGCAGAGGAGCUAAGGAGUUUUUGAAUGAAUUCAAAACUUACAUCAAGAUUGAUGCGCAUUAUUGGGGACCGUCACAGGAAAAAAGUGGCCGGUUCAUCGGCUGGCUCGAAUCUCGUUGUGUCAUGUUGUUGGUUGAUGCGUCUUCUGGAGGAGUGGGAGGUCCAGGCGAGGAGUAUCACGGCUGCUACCUCAUUGGUCUUGCCUGGGACGGCAACAUGAGCAAAGACGAUGUCAAGGAGAUGCGUACGAGCAUUCAAGCAGUCUUACAGGAUUUCGAGACAAGGAUCCGUCGCGACGAGAAGUAUUACGAUGCUCAGUCCUGUUGGAUGAGCGCAACACUUGCUCGAGGCUCCGACCUUGGUGAGAUGGAAGUUGAUCAAAGUUUGUGGGGGGAAUUUGCCGGAGAUACGGACGACGAAGACUCGGAUGAAGAGUUCGAAGAGGAGGAAGAGCUCGACAAUGACGAGGAAGAACUGAAAGGGAAAGGCAGCACCCACGGGUCUCGGUCUGCAGUAGUAGGCAAGGUGCCUGGACUUGGUAAAUUCCGCACGGCUGCCGAUGUGCUCAACCGGAUACGGUGGGAUACCAAUUUCGACCCAAGUGACUACAUCGUUGGGUAUGAGGACCGUUUCCUAGGGGCUCGCGAAAGAGCAGUGGAGCAGUGGAAGAGCGAGCAGACGGACGAGGAGUUUAUCCCACAACACCGCAUUCUGUACUUCAAGCGCAAGGCUGAUAAUGUCAUUGUGUGGGAGCGCCGGACGCGGACUGAUGACAUCUUUGGUAGCGGCAUCAAGAGGCCGACAACAGAUGUCUGA